AUGGCUGGCGACUUUCAGUUCAUCCCGAUAAACACGCCGAAUGACGCGAAAGAUCGAGCGAAGAGACGCUUAGCGCGCUCUCACGCCGUGAAGCGGGCGCUGGGGAACAAACGACGGCAACAGCAACUUUCCGGCGACAUCUUUGCUAAAACAACCGCCGGACAUCAUCAUUCGGAGAAGAAAUCGCAGGAGCGUCGCGUUGUUUCGCCUCUUUCACUCCUCACGGGCAUCUUCGAUCCGUUUCAGGCCCUUGCUGUCGAUUCGUCGAGGCUGCAAGUGUUACUUGGCGACUAUCGAGCGAGACAGGCUCCCGAGCCGGUCUUCAGUGUUGCGGAAGAACUGGCAUUCCAGAGCUUCAGCUCCGUAUUCCGCGCUGGCCUGGAUGACCCCGCUCUCGUCAAUGCUGUCAUGCUUUCCCUUGCGUUUGCCGUCACUGGUCGUAUCGAUUCGGAGUGCCUGAGGUAUCAGGGUCAGGCCAUAACGUAUAUCCGUGAGCGGAUGGAUUCCCUCGCCGAAGCUACUUCGGAAGCCACCAUCGGCACUAUAUUAUUACUAGCAGGAAUAGUGGCCCGUCUCGGACUGACAUCCCAGGUUGAAAUGCAUAUGGGAGCAGUGCGCCAACUGCUGAAAGUCUGCCAGGCCAGGGGUGUUUAUCUCACUCCGGGUAUCAAGCGAGCGAUAUUCUGGCAAGACCUGAAUUCUUCGAUACUCUCCGGCUCCACUCGGAUAGUGGACCACACAACAUUCACAGAGCUGCUAUGGGCACGCGAUGCUUUCGUUCCAAGCUUUUAUCGUCUUCCUUCCGGCUUUGAGUCCCGGUCCCACCUAUUUACGCAGGAGUUCAUCGACAUUCUCGAAGAUUUAAAUGGCUUGCACUGCAUUCGGGAGUCUCGCAAUGCCAGAAAGAGUGAUGCAAUGUUCAUGCUCCAUGUUAAUAACCACACGGCAUCGGUUCAGUCGAGGCUUGCGCAUUUGUCAGGGUUGUCCGAGUUGCAGGAGUGUUGUCGCCUUGCGGCUUAUUUGUGCUCAGUCAUGGUAUGCUGCAAGGUGUGGUGUGAGUUGGUAAUUCCGUCGCAUAUAUCCUCCGAACUUCUCCGCAAACUCCCCAAUACCGACGAUAACACAUUAUGGGCCGAACAUUCCCAACUACUCGUCUGGCUCCUGCAUAUCGGUGGAGCAUUCGCUCCAAUCGGACCCGUUCGCUCCGGCUAUCUGAGCCUCUUGCGCUCGAACGACGCCACCCUCCAUUGCAGCCUGUGGCCCGAGUUACACACGGGCUUGAAACAAUUCAUCUGGUCAGAUAAGGCGUUCUUGGCGCCGGUCAGGGCGCUGUGGGAGGAGGCGUUCAUGUAG